AUGAUGAGAACUUGCUACUGCUUGGCAUUUUUAAUCUGGACUUGUAUGUUUCAUGAGGUUCCCACUUCACAACCACCAGAAAGGACUAGCAUGCAUUUGCAAACUGAAAGGAUGCUGGGUCUCUCAAGGGAUCAUGGGAAAACAUUGCGUCGGACCAAGCGGGGAUGGAUGUGGAAUCAGUUUUUUUUACUGGAGGAGUACACUGGUCCAGACACCCAGUACGUCGGCAAGCUACACACUGACCAAGAUAAAGGAGAUGGAAAUUUAAAAUACAUAUUAACAGGAGAUGGGGCUGGCAGUUUAUUUGUUAUAGAUGAAAAUACAGGAGAUAUUCAUGCAGCAAAAAAGCUGGACAGAGAAGAAAAGUCCCUGUAUGUGCUACGAGCUAAAGCUAUCAACCGAAAGACCGGAAGGCAAGUGGAGCCAGAAUCAGAAUUUAUCAUUAAAAUCCAUGAUAUCAAUGACAAUGAACCUAAAUUUACCAAGGACAUUUACACAGCCAAUGUUCCUGAAAAGUCUGGAGUUGGCACUUCUGUUAUCCAAGUGACAGCUACAGAUGCUGAUGAUGCUAACUAUGGCAACAGUGCCAAAAUUGUAUAUAGCAUCCUCCAGGGCCAGCCGUACUUCUCAGUGGAUCCAGAAACAGGCAUUAUCAAGACUGCUUUGCCAGAUAUGAGCAGAGAAAACAGAGAGCAGUACCAAGUGGUUAUCCAGGCAAAAGACAUGGGGGGCCAGAUGGGCGGAUUAUCAGGAACCACCACGGUGAACAUCACGCUUACCGACGUCAAUGACAAUCCACCUCGAUUCCCCCAGAGCACAUACCAGUUCAGCUCUCUGGAAUCUGCGCCACUUGGAACUUCACUUGGCAGAAUAAAAGCCAAUGACCCUGACGUGGGUGAAAAUGCGGAGAUUGAGUACAACAUUGCUGCUGGCGAUGGAUCAGAUGCGUUUGAUAUUAUCACUGACAAGGACACACAGGAAGGAAUUAUAACUGUCAAAAAGCAAUUAGAUUUUGAAAAGAAGAAUCUCUAUACCCUAAAAGUUGAAGCAAGCAAUACUCAUCCUGACCCACGAUUUCUCUACCUGGGACCAUUUAAGGAUUCAGCUUUGGUAAAAGUAUCUGUAGAAGACAUAGAUGAGCCACCAGUGUUUAACAUACCCUAUAAUUUAAUAGAAGUAGAUGAAGACGCCAGGGAAGGAAGUAUCAUCGGACAAGUGAUAGCUCAGGAUCCAGAUGCAGCAAGGAACAUAAUAAAAUAUUCUUUGGAUCGACACACUGAUUUGGACAGGAUAUUCAACAUCCACUCAGGAAAUGGGUCCAUAUUUGUCUCAAAGACACUUGACCGAGAAGCAGCCCCAUGGCACAACCUCACGGUCAUAGCAACUGAAAUCAGCAACCCCAAACAAAGCACCCAGGCACCCAUCUUUAUCCGGAUUUUAGAUAUAAAUGAUCAUGCACCAGAAUUUGCCAAGUAUUACGAAACCUUUGUUUGUGAAAAUGCAAAAGCUGGACAGCUUAUACAAACCAUUAGUGCAGUUGACAAGGAUGAGCCUCCUCGUGGACACAAAUUCUUUUUUGAGCUGGUCCCAGAAUACACAGUCCAUCCAAACUUCUCUGUUGUGGACAACAAAGAUAACACAGCAGGAGUUAUAACAAGAAGGAAUGGAUAUAACCGCAAUAAAAUGAACACUUAUCUCCUGCCAGUGGUAAUCUUUGACAACGACUACCCCAUCCAAAGUAGCACAGGGACACUGACCAUCAGGGUGUGUGCUUGUGACAGCCGGGGAAACAUGCAGUCCUGCAAUGCUGAAGCCUUGCUCCUUCCAGCGGGACUCAGCACAGGGGCACUCAUUGCGAUCCUGCUCUGUGUCAUCAUUCUACUGGUUUUAGUUGUCCUGUUUGCUGCAAUGAAGCGUCAGAGGAAGAAAGAACCCUUGAUAAUUUCAAAGGAUGAUGUCCGGGACAAUAUUGUGACCUACAAUGAUGAAGGGGGUGGGGAAGAAGAUACCCAAGCCUUUGAUAUUGGCACACUAAGAAAUCCAGAAGCCAGAGAAGAAAGCAAAAUGAGAAGAGAUGUGAUGCCAGAAGCAAUUUUCCAGAUCAGGAGAACUGCACCUCUGUGGGAAAAUAUUGAUGUCCAAGAUUUUAUCCAUAGGAGGCUUAAGGAAAAUGAUUUGGAUCCAACUGCACCUCCUUAUGAUUCGUUAGCAACGUAUGCAUAUGAAGGGAAUGAUUCUAUAGCAAAUUCACUUAGCUCUUUGGAAUCACUUACUACAGAUGGUGGCAACCAAGAUUAUGAUUACCUCAGUGACUGGGGACCUCGGUUUAAAAAGCUAGCAGAUAUGUAUGGUGGAGAUGAGAGUGACCAAGACUGA